CGAGCACUAUGGCCGCCGAAAAACCAACACCCGCCCCCUAUGGCAACCGUGACCCUGAAGCUGUCCCAGAGACAGAAACAAAAGCUGGGACUCUCCAGGCUCUCGUCGAGGCCGAACUCCUCGAUUCUAGAUAUCAGAACACUCAGCGCGGGCUGAAAACACGGCAUGUUCAGCUUAUGGCGCUGGGAGGGACAAUUGGUUCGUGUGCUUUCACCCUCCCACCUUCCUCUUACCCCGUCCUAUUGGAGUGACUCUUCUAAACCGGGGCUCAGGAACCGGCCUCUUCGUCGGGUCCGGACAAGCCCUCAACAUCGGCGGACCUCUCUCGCUUUUCCUGGGCUAUGUCUUUAUUUCAACCCUCGUCUACUGCAUCGUCACGGGUAUCGCCGAGGUGGGCGCAUACCUACCCGUUCACGGAGGCACCAUGUCUUACCACGGCUUUCGGUACGUGAGCCGUAGUCUCGGCUUUGCGAUGGGGUAUCUGUAUUGGUACAGCUUGGGUAUCUUGGUCCCCUACGAAAUCGUCGCCGCCUCGCUAGUGAUUGAUUACUGGCCGAACGGUGUGCCUUUGGCUGCUUGGAUCACUAUCAUGCUGGUUGUCAUUGUGGUCUUGAAUUAUAUGCCUGUUGGAAUAUACGGAGAGACCGAGUUCUGGUUUGCUGGGAUCAAGAUCAUCACCCUCAUCGGGCUGUUACUGUUGAGUUUCAUCCUUUUCUGGGGCGGCGGGCCGAAUCGACAACGAUUGGGAUUCCAUUACUGGAAGGAUCCUGGGGCGAUGAACACGUACCUCGUUACCUCAAAUGAGAACACAGGAAGGUUCAUCGGGUUGUUACAGUGCAUCGUCAAGUCCGCCAUCGCAUUCAUCUUUGCCCCGGAACUCAUCAUCGUCACAGCUGGAGAGAUGGAGUCGCCGAGACGGAACGUGCCCAAGGCUGGGAGGAGAUAUAUUUAUCGACUCGUGAUAUUCUAUCUCCUCGGCGCCCUCGCGAUUGGCGUCAUCUGCUCGAGUCAGGACCAGGCACUCCUCACGGGCGACACGAACAACGCCUCCGCGUCCCCAUUCGUUGCAGCAAUCCAGAACGCAGGCAUACCUGUUCUCCGCCACAUUGUCAACGCGGCGAUUCUGACAUCAGCAUGGUCGGCAGGCAACUCGUUCCUGUACAUGUCCAGCCGUAGCUUGUACGGUCUUGCUGUAUCGGGGAACGCACCGAGCAUAUUCAAGUCGUGCAACAGAUUUGGUGUUCCAUGGCUUGCUGUCACUGUGUCUGCGCUUUUUUCUCUCCUCUCAUACCUCGCCGUUUCUUCCGGCAGCUACACCGUCUUCAACUGGCUUAUCAACUUCACCAACACGUCAGGCUUCAUCUCCUGGAUCUGCUGCUGCAUCGUGUACUUUCGGUUUAACGCCGCUAUCAAGGCUCAGGGUGUGGAGAAGCCUUACUCGUCUCGCCUGCAACCCUAUGGAAUCUGGGUCGGAUUAUCUUUUGCCAUUUUUCUGCUACUGAUCAACGGCUUCACAUGUUUCUUCCCGCAAAAUUGGUCAGCAGCGAACUUCUUCACAGCGUACAUCGGCAUCCCGGCGUUUGCGCUGCUUUAUGUCGGACAUCGCAUCUGGUUCUGGAGCGACCCGUGGGCUUGGAAGAGCACCGAGGUGGAUUUGCAGACCGGGCUGCAGGAGAUCCUUGCGGCUGAGAAGCCGGCGAGGCCGCGUGACACAAUCGGGAGAAAGCUAAUGGCGUUGGUUGAGUGAUUUGUCAUUUGUUGACCAAAUCGUGGGAUGAAUAUAAUAACGUACUUAGAUACCUCAGUAUAGUAUGCGACAUCUGUAUGAAUCAAUGCCGCACAGCCUGCGCUGGACCGUUACGGAUCC